CGCUCCGCGGGCGGCCAUGUUGGAGCGGCGGUCGCAGCGCAGCGGCGGGUGCGGGUCUGGCGGCGGCCGGUGUCAAGGGUUGUUUUUCCAGUAGUUUGGACCUUUUUAAAGUGCCCGCUUGCCUAAUGCCAUGAAUAUUGCAGUGAACAAUGUGGAAGAAAAAGCUGUCCAUUCCUGGUCAAGAAUUUCCUCUGCAGGACAGAAAGUGCUGGAGGAAGCCCUGCGAGUCUUUAACCCCAUGUCCAAGGAUCUUUCUGACACAGAGACCCAGCUGGUGGCUUUCAUCCAGGGCCUGAAGGAGGAGGGCUACCAGCCCACGAUUCUGAGGAGCAAGGAUGUGUAUGGGUACAGCUCAUGCACAGCAGACACCCCAAAACAAACAAAGGAGAGUGCCCCACACAGCUGUGCCAGCACCCAGGCCUCUCAGAGCCUGGAUGGGAACUCUGUGGCCAAGGUGGCCAAUUCACCCUCCGGUGUCUCGGUGAGCUCUGGGAAAGUCUCUUCUCAGCACAUCUCUAAAGGGGAUUCCACAAAUCUCCUCUUGAGCUCCUUGAAGCAGACACGGUCCGGCACUUCCAAGGCAGCAGCAGCGGGUUUCCCCGCAGGCAUGUAUCCUGAUGUGUACCCAGCCAUGAGACUCUCAGUGGUUCUGGAAGCUCUGGUGCCACUGAAAACAUCCUCAUCCUGUUUGGAGUCCAAGUACACACGGGGGCGUCUUGGGAGCUCACCCUCUGACCUUAAACUCCUCCAGGCUUCGAAUCCACCCCGGCAGUUUUCUUCAGGCAAGACCUCUAAAAUAACAGAAGGGAAGGGCUACAAGCGCCUGAUAAAGGCAGCACCAGAUUCUGCCACCCUGGCUUUGAACCUUCUGAAGGGACCAAAGGGUGGGGUGCUGCAGGAGAGCAAUGCUUGCAAAGCCUCGGGAGUCCUCAAUGGGAGAGUCACAGGAAGCUCCUCCCAAGGCUGCACUGCACCACUGCAGUCCAAGUCCUUGAAAAUUAUAGAUAAGGCACCUCUGGUGGGAAAAGCAGAGUGGAAGGGCAGCAGCACUUACCGGGGAAGCAUUGGGCAGAAGAGGAGAGGAGCUGCAGAGGUAAGAGAAGCACCACAGAGGAAGAAAGCAAAUACCAUUCCUGUACAAAAAAAAACUCGACAGGCUCAGAGCACUUUGAACCUGCUGAAAUUUCGGGCCAUCAAGGUGGGCAGCUCUUCUUCUGACGAUGAAGUGAGGAGGAGAGCACAGAAGAUUCUUAGGGUCAACCUGUCCCCCGUGAUCCGGAUUCAGCCCUUGUCUCACUCUCACAGUGUUCCCUGAGUUUCUUCACUUCGUCACUUUUUUUUGUAAGUAAGUAAAUACGAGCCUGGCACCAAAGCACGGAGAAGUUCAAGAAGUUCUCUGGUGCCUGGUGACGAUGUGUCGACCAACCUGCAGACGGAGCAGCCUGCUCUGGUGCCGUGUCUGCCCCUGCAGUGCAGAACUGACUGCAGGAGCACAGAACCCUGCUGGGAGCAGCGGGAUGGGGCCUCUCCACACACCCCCACAAGCCAAGCGGGGCUGGGGACUCGCUCCCCCCAGCGCGCUUCCGAAUGUGGCAGGCUGCACUCUCCUGCAGGGGGAGAACACGGGACUUUCUCAUGACAUUGAUGCACUGUGAUAAUGCUCUUUUUCAAGCUGUACAUUUACUGGUUUUAUUUUGGUCAAAUUUUAUAACUUUAUUAUCUAUAUAUCUAUAUAUCCAUAUAUGUGCACAUGCCCCAGCAGCGGGGGGCAGGUGCACUUCCUCCAUCCCUCUGGGAUUGGUUUUGAUAGCUUUUGUUCCCCCUCCCCUUCAGCCAAUCUUUUGUUGGAAGGUGCCAGGAUUUCUCUGUGAUUCAGUGUUGUGACAGUCUGUUCUCUUGAGCAGCUCAGAGGCAGGCAGUGUUAGAGCCACUUGUUUGUCUCCAGAAAUGCCAAGCAGUUUGGAGAAUUACCAGCUGAUAAUUGAGUAUAGUUUUAAUCAUAUUUUUGGUAUUACCUCUGCUGUAGAGUGAGGGAAUGUUCUGGGGCCAUGCCUGCAAGUGUGCCUGGCAUCUCCAGGUGUCUCCUAUGGCUGUUGGUAGUAGAAACUCUAGUAGGGGGUUGCCUCCAAAGAGCAGUUCCUCCUCAGCACCCAGUGCAACACCCCAAUUGCAAACGUAGAACAUGAACUGUGACUGUGAGAGCCAAAGGGCUGGAGUUGUUUAUAAGAAGUGUAUAAAGUGUCCUGCCCACAAGGUAACAGCUUUGCUGUUGCUGGAUGUUUCAGAAGCAGGUUGUAGGUGCUGGUGGAGAUGGCAUGGGCUGUGCUUGGAAUGUAUUAGAGACAUCUUGCUGGUCUCAGAGCUUGGUGGGAUAUUUGAGCAUAAAGAAAAACAGGAGUUGAGAGGAUAUAUGUAAGGAUAAUAAUGUAUAUUUAAACACUGAGAGUUUCUUUCCACUGGUUUAUGGGGGUGAGGCAGUAGGAAGAGAGGUCAGCACCGUGUUGCAGUGGGAGAUGGCUUUGCUGUGCCGUCUGGUAUGUUGUGAGAGGGUGUGAGGCAGGUGUGAAAGCUGCUGGAGCACAAGCUCUCCACGUCCCCAGGAGGCACUGCAGAACCACUGCCUGCCUCAGCCAUCCUGAGCUGCAGGCACACCAGGGGCUGAGAGUGCAGACUGUGAGGGUGGGGCUGCUCCCCAGGGGGAAGGAUCCACAAGCUCCAGGAGAAACACCACCUUGGAGGGGUCAGUGCUGCCGCUGUCGCCUGGGAGGGAUGGCUUCCAAGGAGGCAAAACUGCAAUGAGAUGCUGCAAAAAGAGAACCUGGCGGCUCAGGGAGAGGGAGAAGUGUCAGACCAGGCACGAGCCUGGCCCUGUAUGCUGCCAUGCAUUCAGAUCUCAGCAGCCGUGGGCUACUAAUCCACUCAUUCUCUCACCAGCUUAAAAUACCAGUUAUCUGACCUAGUAAUCUCUGUGGACAUUGGCUGAAGAGAUGUUCUCCCUGGGAAGCCCCAGCUCCUUAUGUUUCAGCCCCUCCUUAGCACCUGGCUGGAUUUCAGCGCUUUGCAAAAGAGGUCAAGAUCGGAUCCCCAGCUCAGAGAGCAAAACUGCAGCACAAAGAGGAGCAAGGAGGUCCAUGAGGGGGAGAGAGGGCAGGGAAGCUGGACAUCCUCAGGUGCAGCUGGGGUUCUCCCCCCUUGCCCAGGUAGAGCCCAGUGGAGGUUCUCCCUCAGAGGAUGAUGACAAGCUCCAAGUGACACAGGCAGGUUUUGUGGGGUUUUACUGUGCUGCUGUUGGAGAUCAGAACUUGCAGUGUUUGAGACUGACCUGUGAAUGACGCUGGUUGGCUGCAGAGGAGAAGGAAAUAUUUUUCUUCUGCUUCUGUGUUUUAAAAUGCCCUGGCAGAAAGUUCCCUGUCCUGACUGGAUUAACAGGGACCUUCCAUCAUUGUUAACUGGCCAAAAAUUGCUUUUUCCCUUUUGUUCCCAUCCCUCAGACCUUUCUUAUUCCCACGCUCUCAAAUGCCAGGUCCUGAAGUCUUGCACUGGAGUUUCUCUUUUUGACUGUUUCCCAAGGAGGGCUCUGAACUCCUGCCUGUGGUAUCGCCCUCUGACAGGCUGCUCUGCAGCUUCCUCUGUUCCCAGCCCCAUAUAAGGGCACUGAGCACAGACAUCCCAGCUGAGUUCCUGCCGCCAGUGGGGAAAACAUCAGUGCAUCAACAAGGCUGAAUUCUGGUGGAGGAGGCUUUCCUGCCAGCCUGAGCGGGAAGCUGAGCACCUGAAGCCAGGUUAUCAGGACACAUCCUUCCCCCCACUGCACUGCUCCCUGCUUCCCCACUCCAUCACCUCGUGUCUUUCACAGCUUGGGUCUUUGCCAGUCAGGGACUUAGCUUGUACUGCUGCUUAACACAUCCAGCAGAACACGCUGCCUUAGCUCUGCCAUGCCUUUCCGGGCACUGAGCUGAGUUCUGUGAAUACAUGGUGGUGACAGAUCACCCGGUGUCUUUCCCAGGCCACCAGCAAGAGGUCCUCUGCUCCGCAGGGAGAGGCAAGCAUUAGAAGUGCUUCUGUGUCACUGAGGCUCCUGCUGGGGAACCAAGCACCCUAUGGCCCUGUGCUCAGGGACUUGUGCAUGAUCAUUCCAGUCUCUGUCAGCUCCUCUGCACACCCCUGACAGACUGCAGAGUCCCUCAGCUCCUGGGCAGCUCUGGAGCUCAUUUCUCUGCCCUCCUAUUGUCUUCUUUUCCCCUGGCAGGUGGCUAAAAGAUUGCAGGUCCUGAUUCACAGAGGAGGUUUGCAGCUCCUGGUGCCAGUUUGGGCAGUUGCUGCCUGUUGGCUGUUCCCAGGGACUCUGGUGCUGGCAGGCGUGGGGCCUGCAGCCUCUUGGUGGUUGGCUCUGCUGUCCUGCUCCUGGUGACCUGGGCCUUCAGCUCUUGGUGUGCAGGAGGCCACAGAAGACACUGGUGUUUAGAGAAUCCAAAGGGUUUGAUCAAACCACACCUGCAUAAGGCCUGCUCCAACCAGAGAUCUCUCUCCAGAGGUUCCUUCCACUCCGUGUUGUUCUGUGGUGGCAGAGUGACAGAUGCUUGCCUUCCAGGGAGCUGUGCAGUUGUGUCUGGAAAGGCACACAGAAAUACUUUGCCUGAAGUGCUGUGGACUCUGCUGGGUGUGCCAUGUGCACGUUGUUCAGACCUGUUUCUAUAUUAGUCACUUUGAAUUCAUCCAAGUGCCUAACCUGGCCUCUUCCCAUUCCUGGGCACCAUGACAGCUGAGAGCUUUGGAGCCUCUCUUAGGAAUGGUUUUACUGCAUGGAUUUGUGCCACUGUCACUUCAAGAAAUAAUUCAGCCAGCAGUCAAAGGGCUGUUCUUCCAACAGAGUUUGUGGAAAUCAUUUCUCCUUUUAUUCCACUGCCAAGAAGCAAGAGUUUAUGUUUUGCCUCCACCAGACAAGGCCUUGGAGCUUCCUGUGUGCUUCAGAUGUCUGUCAGCAAGGUCCAUGAGGAGAGCAGUAUGUCCAGCAGGCAGCUGAAAGGGAAGCUGACAUCAGAUAUCAGUUGAAAUCACAUUGUUAAUUGGGAGAAAUGUUUUGAAGCUCAUGUCCACUCUGAUAAGAUUGCACCUUCUGACACUGCUUUCAGUUUGAGAAGUUUCUCUUUGGCCUCUUCCCCGCACACCAUGUUGCGUGGUGCUGCUGCUUCCAAACUGUUUGUGUCCCCCCUGCCCAGCACCAGCUGCCCUGGUGAUCCUUGUACAGAAUUUCUUAAGCACUAUUCUGCACAUUACAAAGGGAUUCUUUUGUUAUUCCUGUUUUGUACCCACUAGUGGCAUUUCUGUGCAAGGAGGAGGUGUGCACUGUGGUGUGUUAAGAGCACUUGUAUAGCUGGGUUUGUCUUGGAGAAUGGCAUCACCUGCCCAUCCUGCAGCACCCUCACUCACUAGGCCAGGGGGGCAGUGGGCUGAGCCCCCCUGCUCUCCAGCUGCCCGUCUUCUGCUGCAUGUCCUCCAGGCCUCCCUGACACACCAGCAGCACUGCUCCACUGGUGGAAGUUUUCCAGCUCCAGCUGUGGCAAGAGGGUCCAGGUUGCUUUGAGAUUUGGGCUUGAGCACAGAAUUUGGGCCCUUACAGUUGUGACUUGUGCUGGACUCAUGGCCAGACCUUGCCAGGAUGUUGGAGGGUGCAGCAUUCCAGCAAUUCUCCCAUUUGGGUCCAUGUUCCUUGCUCUGUGUAGGAGCUGGGCCUUUGACCAUGGCACAAGGGACACCUGGGGACAGGGAGCAGGUGUGUCUUUCAGCUGCAGAUGGGCAGUGCUAUGCGAGCUGGGCAGCUUCCCAGGCAGGAGAACAUGUUCAGAUGGGAGGAUCUAUGUUUUUGCCGUGGUUGGCAGGGUCAGUGCCGAGCUCUGUGGAGCACCUGCUCCUCAUGCAGGUUGGUUGGUCUGUGUGUGACAGUUUGUGUUUCAGUCCUCAGAAUGGCACUGUCCUGUUUGCUGCUGUGGGCAGACAGGGCUGGUUUUGCAGGAUCUGGGAUGGCUUGAGGAGAAGACAGCUGUUCUGGGGCACCUGGCAGUUUCUUGAUGUUGCUGGAGCCCUUGGGUGGGCUGGAACCAUCCGUGGAGAGGGCUGUGGGACAGGCCCUCCUGUUUGGAGCUCUGUGCUAGAUAGCACUGUGCUUGGUUUUCCUUCCCUCAACUUUUACCUGCCUGGAGCUGGGUGCCCUUAGAAAGGUCUCAGAUGCCUGACUGGCUGGGGGAGCAGAAGCCUUGUCCCAGAAGGCAGGAGAGCCAGCCCUGAACCCUGGCUGUAGCUGUGGCUGUGCUAGCACUUGCAGCUUGGCCAGCUGCCUCCAAAGCCAUGGUGCUGAGGCCAGACCCCUCGGUUUGUUUAGGAGGAUCAAGGGAGUCUGAUGAAAAAACAGGAAGCUGGGAUUGUGGGACCUGGCUGGCCAGCUUCUGCUGCAGGAGGAGAUCUAUAAACAAGAGGAGCAAGGUGUGUAGCACACCAUACUGACAGCACUUGUGCAUCCCAUCCCUGCCUGGCUGAUAGAGCUGAUAGAGCCCAUCCUGCUAUCUCUGGCAGCACUGUGCAGGUGCUGGUGCUCAGGCUCUGGGGCAGGGAUAAGGGGCUGCCCUUCUGCAGCAGGUGCCCUUCCCAACCCUUGGUUUCCAUCCUUCAUUUCUUGCACAGACUUGCCCUGCUCGGUUGUACCUGCCCAGGUACCCUCUGGACACUGUUGCAGGGGGGUAGCACCUCCUCCAGUGAGCAUCCAAAAUACCUUCCCUUGCGGGGACAAUUAGGACUUGUGCUGGGGAGUUCCUUCAAGGCCUUAUUUUCAUAGAAUCAUGGAAAGUUAGGGGUUGGAAGGGACCUCAAAAGAUCAUCUAGUCCAACCCCCCCUGCCAGAGCAGGGUCACCUACAGCAGGUGAGUCACCUACAGCAGGUGAUUAUCCUCUGGGACUCCUUGUUGUCUUAACUAGCCCUGUCCAUUCCUCUUGCCACAGGCAGCCCCUGUGUGAGCCUGAGGAUUUCCCACAGGCACAGUCAGGCACGUGGUGCUGUUUUUAAAGAAGGUGCUGCAAAGCUAACCCCAGAAAUACCUCCCCUCCUGCCUCCGCUCCACCACGCUGCCACCAGGAUGGAACAAACUGAGUGUCGGUGUUUGCGGCAGGAACGGCACCGUGUGUGACGCCGUUCCCUCCUGGUUCCCCAUGCAGCGCUCCCAAGGAGCAGCGUUUCCUGAGCAGAGGCACAGCAGCUUCUCUGAGGGUCAUGGGGGCUCUGGGUAGGCUGUGACCGUCCCCUCAUCUCUGCCAAGCAAGAGAAUCAUUCUGUGCUGCAGGAUCACCAACCUGCUCCAGCUGGGACCAGUGCCGCCGGCUCAGCCACGGAUGUCUCCCGGCAUAUGGGGAUCCUGAGCAAUGGCCGGAGAGCAGUGACUGCAGCCCACAGGAGGGCGAGUAUCUAAUUUUUGUAUGAUGAAUUUCCAACAAUUGACCAUCUUGUUCUUGAGUGGACUUUUUACUGUUUCAUUUGUGUAGAAUGUUUCUGAAGCUAUAUUAAUGUUAAAUGUUUCAUACAAGGCUGGGCUGCUCCACACUCAGUGUUGUAUAUUUUGGAAUGACAUUGUUUAGUGAAAAGACAGCCGUAGUGUUAUUCCUCUCUUUGGAGGGAACAGGACAAAAACCAGACUGUCUUUUUUUCUUCAAUGAAGUGAACUUUUUGUUAUGAAGUCCUAGCAGGUGUCCAGCCCUUCAGUAAAAUGGUGCUCAGAACCGC